UUCUGUGGUAGGUCCUCCAGGCCGCAGAGCAUGCGCAGGGCUGCACCCUCUGGGAUCGCUAUGGCAGCGGCGUCGCGGUGGGUCGGGCCUCCGCUCUGGCGCCCGGGCCAGGGCGCCUCAGCGGCCGCGGGUACCACAUCCUCUCGGGCAUGAGCGGAGUCUCCCGCCGCCGCUCGCCGCCCCGCCCGCCUCUGCCGCCGCAUCCCGACUGUGGGUCCGCGCCAGGAUCAUGCCCCUGACAGCCUACUGCUACCUGCGUGUCGUGGGCAGAGGCAGCUACGGGGAGGUGACGCUUGUGAGGCACCGGCGGGACGGCAGGCAGUAUGUCAUCAAAAAGCUGAACCUCCAAAAUGCCUCCAGCCGAGAGCGGCGAGCUGCUGAACAGGAAGCUCAGCUCUUGUCUCAGCUGAAGCACCCCAACAUUGUCACCUACAAGGAGUCGUGGGAGGGUGGGGAUGGUUUGCUGUACAUCGUCAUGGGCUUCUGUGAAGGAGGUGAUCUGUACCGAAAGCUCAAAGAGCAGAAAGGGAGGCUUCUGCCUGAGAGCCAGGUGGUGGAGUGGUUUGUUCAGAUCGCCAUGGCUCUGCAGUAUUUACAUGAAAAACACAUCCUCCACCGAGAUCUAAAAACCCAAAAUGUCUUCCUGACAAGAACAAAUAUCAUCAAAGUGGGUGACCUCGGAAUUGCCCGAGUGCUUGAGAACCACUGUGACAUGGCUAGCACCCUCAUUGGCACACCAUACUAUAUGAGCCCUGAAUUGUUUUCGAACAAACCCUACAACUACAAGUCUGAUGUUUGGGCUCUGGGAUGCUGUGUUUAUGAAAUGGCCACCCUGAAGCAUGCUUUCAAUGCAAAAGACAUGAAUUCUUUAGUUUAUCGGAUUAUUGAAGGAAAGCUGCCACCGAUGCCAAAAGAUUAUAGCCCAGAGCUGGCAGAACUGAUAAGAACUAUGCUGAGCAAAAGACCUGAAGAAAGACCUUCUGUGAGGAGCAUCUUGAGACAGCCUUACAUAAAGCGCCAAAUAUCCUUGUUUCUGGAGGCCACGAAGGCAAAAACCUCAAAAAAUAAUAUUAAAAAUGGUGACUCUAAAUCCAAGCCUGUGGCUGCAGUGGUUCCUGGAAAGGCUGAAUUAAGUCAUGAAGUAGUUCCCCCUCAACCACACUCUUCUGAGAGCUCCAAGACAUAUGUAAUGGGUGAAGACAAAUGUUUGUUCCAGGAGAAACCUGUAGUCAUUGGCCCCUUGAAGAUACCCACAAGUCUGAAAGACCACACCUACAAACCAGACAUAAGCAAUACUGCAGACUCACUAGCCACAAUCAGUAGGGUGAAUAUUGACAUCUUACCUACAGAGAGGAGGAACUCAGUGAAUGACGGCUUAGUUCAAGAGAAUCCACCACGACACCUAGAUGCCUCUAAUGAACUGGAAGGUAAAUGUAAUAUUUCUCAAGUGAAGGAGAUGUUGCAGGAGAACAGUAAAUCCAGUGCUUUACCUGGAGACCGAAUUCCCACAUCGUCCUCUCACCAUGUUACUGGAGAAAGGAAUGACCCAAUGAAGCCUCUGCAGCCCCUCAACAAAGACCAAAAUUCACCAAAAGACCAGGAUCAAGUUGCUGGUGAAUGUGUUACAGGAAAACAGGGUAGAAUCCACCCAGCUUUGCAGCCACACAGCUCUGGGUCUGAACCUUCCCAGUCUCGACAGCAGCGGCAGAAGAAAAGAGAACCCACUGAGCACAGUGGGGAAAAGGGACAGUUCAUAGAGACUCCGCCUUGCCUUUUGCCUUCUCUUUCCACUGUUGGAAAAGUGGAAUGCACAUCAACACAAAAACAUGCUGAAAACCAAAGUAGAGUGGUCACUGGAUCUGUGAACAGUUCGAGGGGCAGUGAAAUAACAUCAUCAAAGGACCGACCAUUAUCAGCAAGAGAGAGGAGGCGACUGAAGCAGUCACAGGAAGAGACCUUCCCCUCAGGCCCUACAGUGAGGAGAGCUGCUCUGGGUCCAGUGGGACCAGCGAAACCACAGGAAGGCCACCACAGCCCUGCUCGAAGGUCGUCUUCCGACUGCAGUGUUGCUCAGGAAAGGAAACUCACCCAUUGUCUCUCAGAGGAUGAGUUAAGUUCUUCUACAAGUUCAACUGAUAAAUCAGAUGGGGAUUCCAGGGAAGGUAAAGGUCAUACGAAUGAAAUGACUGACUUGGUACAAUUGAUGACUCAGACUCUGAAGCUGGACUCUAAAGAGAGCUAUGAAGAUCUCCCAGUACCAGACCCAGUGUCAGAAUUUAAACUCCAUCGGGAGUAUCGGGACACGCUGAUACUUCAUGGGAAAGUUGCAGAAGAGGCAGAGGAGCUCCAUUUUAAAGAGCUGCCUUCAGGUGCUGUCAUGCCAGGUUCUGAAAAAAUCAGAAGAAUAGUUGAAGUCUUAAGAGCUGAUGUAAUUCGGGGCCUGGGGAUUCAGCUUUUAGAGCAGGUGUAUGAUAUUUUGGAAGAGGAGGAUGAAUUGGAAAGAGAGGUACAUUUGCAGGAGCACAUGGGUGAAAAGUAUGUGACUUACAGUGUGAAGGCUCGCCAGUUAAAAUUUUUUGAAGAAAAUGUGAACUUUUGAGAAUUUAUCUAAUAUGCUGCCAGAAUAAAACUAUUUUCAAAGGUUUUUGGUUUAAACAAAUACAAACAAAUCUAUAACAAUGAUUGGAGGCCAUUCACCAUCCUUUUAUCUUGUUGGCUUGUUAUCUAGAAAAAAUUGGACAAAAUAGUAAUAUUGAAGCAAGCUUACAAAAGAAAAAACAAACCUUGGCUAUCUUAUUCUCUUUAUGAGGAAAAAAAUCUAUUUAAAGA